GUCUGACCGACCUUCAGCAGAGCUGGGGCCACCAUGUUCUCUCGGGCGGGCGUCGCUGGGCUCUCUGCCUGGGCCUUGCAGCCGCAAUGUGCUGGGCAGAGAGAUACACUUUAAGAUGUGAUCGAUUCGGUGAGCACGUUCAUCAAGCACCUGUGUGUAGCAGGCGCUUUGCUGGGUGCUGAAGACACGGAGGAGAACAAAAUAAGUGCCCUCGUGGACUCAUGGUCGUCUCGGUGCAGAAGGGACCUGAAAGGAUCCAAGUUCGAAAUAUGGCAACUUUGAAAGAUAUUACCAGGCGUCUAAAGUCAAUCAAAAAUAUCCAGAAAAUUACCAAGUCUAUGAAAAUGGUAGCAGCAGCAAAAUAUGCCCGAGCUGAGAGGGACCUGAAACCGGCUCGAGUGUAUGGAAUAGGAUCUUUGGCUCUGUAUGAAAAAGCUGAUAUUAAGGCACCUGAAGACAGGAAGAAACACCUCCUUAUUGGUGUGUCCUCAGAUCGAGGACUUUGUGGUGCUAUUCAUUCCUCUGUUGCUAAACAGAUGAAAAAUGAGGUGGCUACGCUCACAGCAGCUGGAAAAGAAGUUAUGCUUGUUGGAAUUGGUGAUAAAAUCAGGGGCAUACUUUACAGGACUCAUUCUGACCAGUUCCUGGUGACAUUCAAAGAAGUGGGAAGAAAGCCCCCUACUUUUGGAGAUGCAUCAGUCAUUGCCCUUGAAUUAUUAAAUUCUGGAUAUGAAUUUGAUGAAGGCUCUAUCAUCUUUAAUAAAUUCAGGUCUGUCAUCUCCUAUAAAACAGAAGAAAAGCCCAUCUUUUCCCUUAAUACUAUUGCAAGUGCUGAAAGCAUGAGUAUCUAUGAUGAUAUUGAUGCUGAUGUGCUACAAAAUUACCAAGAAUACAAUCUGGCCAACAUCCUCUACUACACUCUGAAGGAGUCUACCACCAGUGAGCAGAGUGCUAGGAUGACAGCUAUGGACAACGCCAGCAAGAACGCUUCUGAGAUGAUUGACAAAUUGACUUUGACGUUCAACCGCACCCGCCAAGCUGUCAUCACAAAAGAGUUGAUUGAAAUUAUCUCCGGUGCUGCAGCUCUGUGAAGGAAAAUUCAGCCAGCUGAUUUUGUUUUUAGCGUAUUGCUGUUUUUGGCAGAAGAAAUUGUUGGUCCAUUGUUUGAAUUACUAAAGACAGCAAGAUAUUUGUAAAUUAUCUUACAAUAAACAACUUACAAUAAGAAAA